CAAACAAUUAUGUUAAUGCACCACAUGGACAUAGUUUCACAGAUUUGUUUUUAUCGGCCAACCAAUAUUAGUUGUUAUGAUGAUAAUAUGAGACAAACAUGAAUUUUGGGGGAAGUUCCAUUAAAAUUAGUAGCGAAGAUCUUAAAUCUAUUGAUGCAUACGAAGAGUAUAGACGCAGAAUUGUGGGCGAUGAUGACAAUGGAAAACUUUUCACACCCAAGCAAUAUGAAGCUUACAAGAACAAAUACUUACCAUUGAGAAGUCAAAACAGAAUUUUUGUGUCUUGGACAAAUCCAAAUGGAGUGGAUUGCAUACUUGCCGGUCCACAAAGUGAAUGUUUCUGCCAACACCGGCUUAUACAACAUAAGACAGAUUUCGAGACAAUACCUACAGAACGUCCUAUACAGUUACCAUGUAAACAUUGCAGAUGUUUGAGUUUUCAUGUGAUGCCGAAAUUCGGGAGCCAAAUUGCACGAUGUCAUUGUAAACAUUAUGCGACCGAUCACAGUGUGGUAACACCUUAUUUUUGUUCAAAAUCCAAUUGCAAUUGUAAUGGUUUCAGAACAAGUAUGCGAUGUGACUGUGGUAUCGAGUUACAUAAACAUGAAAUGAUUAUGGAAACUGCCGAAGAACGUCAUAGUAGAGGUAAACCAAUAGGUCAGACUUCACCAUAUCAAGCUAUGGGUGGACUAACUGGAUUUAGUUCACUUGCACCUGGUAUAACACGUAUGGAUACAAGCGGUGCAGGCAAAUUAUUAUCAGAGGAAGAAAUGAAUAAGUCAAUUACAUCUGUAGAUAAUCCAUUUCUCCGUAGUCAUGCACAAGGAGUUUUUAAUUAUAAGUUAGCAGUUAAUGAUACGAACGGCGCUGAACGUGAACGUCAUGAAGUUGAAUCACAGAUGCGUCGUCCAGGAGAGUCAGAAUUAGAUUAUUAUGAACGUCGUUAUCAAGAAAGAGAAAAAAGUAAAUACAUCAGAAAACCUGAACAGAUACGUAAAUUUUAGUUGAAAUGUUCUAAUAUCGAUAAUGAUUACUGUAUUGUACUUUACCUUAUAAAUAGAAUGAAUAAUUUGUGUAAGUCAUCAUCAUCAUUAUCAUUAUACUACCUACCUAUUCAAUUGCUAGAUGAGUUCAUCAUACAGAUUACUUGGAUAUUUAUAUUUCAUUAUAUAUUUUCUUUUAAAAAAAGAGAGAUAAGAUGGAAGUUUAAAUGCAUUACAAAUGCAAGAAUAAAACCAGAACAACUACAGUAAUUGGAACAGGAUAAUAUAAAUUCUCUUUUCUUUUAUACUUUUUAUUCAGCUCUUUACAACCCUAUUUGAAUCAUACAAUCAUUAAUCAUUUAAAUGUUUUCGAUAUUUAUCUUCAAAUGAACUCACAUUUGCUUAUUCGUAUAUAUAUAUAUAUAUGUACAGAGAUGGAUAGUGGUUAACAACGAAAUCCUAAAGACGCUCAUUUCGUCCUAUUUGUGUCUUAUCAGAUGGAUAUACAUCUGUAGUUAAAUGAAUAAUUCAAUGACAUUCGAAGCGAAUGGUACUAGGUUCGAGUCCUUGAGUAAAUAUUAACUCUAGGGUGCAUGCACAUCCAACUAAUGAUGAGUUUAAGACAAGAUGAAAUGCACAUCUCUAAGAUUUCCCUGUUGUCCACCAGUCAUCUCUGCUUAUAUAUACAUAAUAUUGGCAAUCAUUGUCGUUCUAUUAUUUCAAUCAUCAAUAUCUAUUACAUCAUACAAGUAUGGUUGUAUUCAGUCAAAAAUAAACCGUAAAAUAAAAUUAAUUUUAUCCUAUUUCGCAUGUUUUUUCCGCUUUGCCUUUGUUCAAAUCUAUAAGGGAAGUUGGUUGUAUGUGACAAAAAAGAUGCAAUAGUCUUUUCAAAGUCAUUCCUUUUCUUUUUGAUAAUUUUAUUUUCAAUAAUUUUUAUUUAUCACUGUUCUUAUUCAUCUGCUUAUUUUGUAUGAUUAUUGUGAAUACAUAUUUUAAAUAUAGUUGCAAAAACA